AUGUUGAAUACAUCAUUGUCGAGUGUUGCCUCCUCGUUUGGUUCCGGCUCGACGAGCAGCAACAUGUUUCCGACGCCAACUUCGAGCAUAUCUCUUCAAGGAAGUAAGGUUCGAGUGGUUUGCAGGGUGAGACCACUGUUGGAGAUGGAAAGUGGAGGGAAAAUGUGUUUGGAUGUACCCGAUCAAGAGAACGUUGUAGUAACGAGCAAAGGCUUGACCUUCUCUUAUGAUGAGGUGUUUGGUGCAGGAACAUCUCAAUCGGAAGUGUUUGAAACGGUAGGAAGACCUCUCAUUGAUGAUAUUAUCAAGGGUUAUAACUGUACCAUAUUCGCUUAUGGACAAACCUCGUCAGGAAAAACAUACAGCAUGAUGAACCUUCCGAAAGAUCCGUACAGUGAAGAACGUGGAAUUGCACCUAGGAUUGUUUGUACACUAUUCGAAGCGAUCGACCAGUCUCCGGAAAAUAUUGAAUUUACUGUAAAAGUAUCAUUUUUUGAAAUUUAUAUGGAGAAGAUUUUUGAUUUAUUUGAGCCCUCAAAACAAAAUUUGGCUGUGAAGGAAGACACGAGCGAAAAGACUUUUUAUGUGGAGGAUUUGUCUGAAUUAUAUGUUUCAAGUGAGGAAGAAGUGUUACGCCUAAUGAAAAUUGGCUGCAAAAACAAAAAAAUAUCGUCUACGAAAAUGAAUAGAGAUAGUAGCAGAAGUCACACGAUCUUUUCUGUUACAGUGACACAGCAUGACACUAAGAAAGGUCAAAAAAUAAGCUCCAAGCUUUAUCUUGUAGAUUUGGCUGGUAGUGAAAAAGUUUGUAAGACUGAAGCCACUGGCUUACGGUUGGAAGAGGCAAAAACCAUCAACAAAAGCUUAGCAACCCUAGCAAAGGUCAUCAGUGCUCUUACAGAAAAAAAUCCUCAUAUCCCUUAUAGAGAAAGUAAAUUGACAAAACUAUUACAAGACGCAUUAGGUGGAAAUACAAGAACUACAUUAAUGAUUAAUUGUUCGCCGAGCAAUUUAAACGAAGAUGAAACAAUUUCCACCCUGAGGUUUGGGUUAACUGCAAAUAGUAUUAAAAACAAGCCAAAGGUGAAUUUUGAAACAAGUGACACAGAAUACAAAAAGCAAUUGACAUUGGCAAGAAAUGAAAUUAUUGGUCUUAAAACAAAGAACAUACAGUUAGAAGCUGAGUUAGUUACACUUAAAGCUUCACACACGAAUUACGAAAAAUUAAGCUUUGCCAACAAUUUGCUCUUAAAACAAGCACAACAAAAAGACGACAGCAUCGAAGCUCUCAACCUAGAAAUUUUAAAAUUAAGGAGAGAGUUAGAUUUGAUGAAAGGAAAGCACGAGCAGCUAAAUAUUGCGAUGGGCGAAAAGACUUCAUCCCUUAUAUCAGAGCUAGUUGAGUACAAGAAACAAUGCUCAGAAUUGCAAUCUGAUAACCAACUUCUCAAACAGCAAAUUUCUAAUCAGCAAGUAUCAACUUCACCAACUUUGAUUGGUAGCACUCCAAUGGAUUUAAAUAACCCAGAAGUUCGGUUGGAAUCAAUUUCUGAUAUAGACAACACUGGAAAGUACUCCAAAGCGGUUGACAUUGUGUUGGACGAAUUAAUGAGGAUUAAAAUGGAUAGAAGCGAAAUCCAAGAGAUGGUUGCGAAUGCAUCGAGCGAGAUUCGUGAUUACAUGGACCAAAUUCUAUCCGGGCAGCAACUAAGCGAACAAGAAAUACAGUAUGAUGCCCUUUCUAAAAUUUCAGAAAAAGAUGUCAGCGAACUCGAAAUUAACUUUUCAGCCCAAGAACUCAAGGAUUACGUUCAAAUGUUGGAAGAACAAAACAAAAGUAUCAAGAAUGAGCUUGAAGCCUUUUUAAAAGGAAAUUCACAAUCGAGACAAGUUGUAGGUGACACAGAUCAAGAUUUGCAAAUUCUCACCAAUACAACAGACCCUAUCAAGAAUGGCCUAUCAGCAUCAUCCCUCCAUGGAGGAAAGGUUGUAGUACCACUAAAAGGGGGAUUCAAGAAGCAGCAAAAAACCUUAAAUGAUUCUCUGGAUGACGAAGAGGAAAUUAUCGGUAGUGAAAUGGUGAAAUGCGGCCAAGUUUUCAUUCUGUCGAAAAGUUCUAACUCUAGUCAGGAUGUGUGGAAAAAGCGAUGGCUGGUCAUUGGAUACAAAACCCCCCAAAUUAAGAUUUAUAAGACCAUCAAAUCCAUCACUCCACAGCUCAUCUCACUCUCCACCCAAUCCACUCUCAUCAAGAACGACUCUGAAUAUAUCCUAUCCAUCUCUAACACAAGCAUUGGAGAUAUUCACAUGAAAUUUUCCUCGACACAAGACAUCAAAGAAUGGAAUACAGUCAUCGUUGACGUAUUGGACAUGUUGCAGAGUUCUUCGCAAUGA